AUGAGUGCAGCGGACGAGCAAGAGGACGAGCAAGAGGACGAGCAAGAAGAGCUGCACCGCCGAGCUUUCGACGACAUCGGCUUUUCCAUGCAGCACCGCGAUGAAGCAGACCUUGCCGCAGAAAGGCAGGCGCGGGUGGCCGAGUUUGUGGCACAAAUGGACCUCAUCAGCCCAGAGGUUCUGAGGGUGACGCCCGCAUUUCGGGCCUUCCAGCACUGCUUUCAAGCUUUUCGAGGCGCAAAAGGCAUCGACCUUUACUCAAAGAGUCGGCGGAGCCACAAGAUAGCAGCCUUCUGGAGCCAUUCUUGGCAUGGGGCGCGCUGGAAGAAGAUUUCGACGGGGGGCGUCACCAUCUACAACGGCCAAGCGGCCAUCAUGUUGGGCAUGUUCGUUGCUGUUGUGAUGAUGGUUUUGUUCCGUUUCCUGGAGCUUCCUGGGCACGACCGGAAUGAUCGUAUGGAGGGCUGGUCGGUGUGGUCCACGUGGUCUGGUUUCUUGGCCACUUCUCUGGUAGCGAUCUUUGGGCGGCCUCAGACUGAUGUCUUCCUGGACCGCAUCUGCAUCAGUCAGCGCAAUGAAGAACUGAAGCUGAAAAGUAUAGUCAGUCUGGCCGGACUUCUACGAAGGUCGGAGUCGAUGCUCGUCCUCUGGGAUCCCACGUGGACCACAAGGCUGUGGUGCUUGUUCGAAUUGGCGGCCUUCUUGAAAAGCAACGAGCACGAGGGUCAGAAGCGAAAGCUGAUCAUCUCCCCAACCCUUCUGGGGCCAGUUCGCAUUGGAAUCUUCCUGACUGCCACCGCUGGCGUGCUUGCUUUCAUAAUGUCGCCUACCGUGCGGCCCUCGGCUUCGAGUGCGCAGGAGUAUUUCCUCAACGAAAGGUUUGUCACCCUGGUCGUUCUCCUUGUGGUCGACUACGCGCUUGUCAGCACUUUGAGAAGCUAUUUUCGAGAUUUGGACACUAUGAGGCGCCAGUUGCUCUCCGUCUCCUUCGAUACGGCUCUGUGUGCGUGCUGCACCAACAACCACGCCACACCAUCCGGUGCUCCUGGCAUGUGUGACCGCAAAAUUUUGAAGUAUUGUGUGUGCAUCUGGUUCGGCAGCUCGGAAUCGUUUGAGCGCACGCUGCGCUCAGAAGUUCUGGAGAUUUUGGCGCAGGACCUUGAGCAAGUGUUGACCACCCGGUCAACAGUCGCCAUUUUUGCGCCAAUGAUGUGGGGCUACAUGGAUUAUGCCGCUACCUUCUCAUGGCAUGGAGGUCCCUUCUGGAGUCACGCGUCGGUGUCUUUUCUCGCUGUCGGUUUGGUUGUUUGGCUCGUGGGCAUGCCGACUGUGAAGAGCUGGCUCCUGCUUGUGUGCAAGCUUGCGCGGGCGAGGCCAGGCAAUCGGUGGUUGGAGGGCAUGAAGAACACACUGAUUGUGUGUAUAUCUCUGAUUCCACUGAUAAGCAUUGGGCUCACCUUCUUGUUUGCAAGUGGUCUUUCCCUGCUUCCGCCAACACAACAUGGAGUGACCAUUGCCGGUACGCUGAUCAAUGCCGUGUUUUUUCGGUGCCUCGCCGGUGUCCUAAGAUCUUUCCUUGGGUGGUGA